UGUUUAUUUGCCAAUUCUCAGAUUUGCCACACCCUCCUCCUGCACUUCCACACCCUCCCCCAGCGCCGCCCACGUUUCAGCUCAGAUCAUCUCAGAUCAUCCCACGCUGAGCGACCUUCCUUCCUUGAUAGUGAGAUUGCCAGCCAAAUGCGAAGAGCAGCGACCCAGCAGAAGGCAGGCCGACCGCCGGAAGUCUCGCCGGCCGAGCUCGCGCGGAUUCUGGACCAGAAGCUCGCCCAAAAGGACCCCAAGCUCGCCUCGAGUGUCGCGGGCAAUGCAGGCGGAGCGGGCGUGGUCUCUGCAGGCCUAGCAGCAGGCGCAGUCGGAGCGAGGCCCGGUGGCGGAUCCAACAACCAUGCUCCUGCUGCUCCUAGUGGUAGUGGUAGUGGUAGCAGUAGUAGCAGUAGUGGUACUGGAUAUGAUGCUGCUGAUGGUGGACGGCCGCCGUGGGAGACCGGGCGCAGUGCUCGAGGCCAGAAGCGCCCGUACGAGGACGACUACGCCGCGCACACCGCGCACCCGCCGCAGCCGCAUCCAAGCGAGCGAGGUCUGUAUGGCACGCCCAUGCAGCAGCCGGCGCCGUGGCAAGGCGGCCCAGUGCUGGCCGGAGCGGCCCGUCGCCAGGGACUGCUUCCAUUGCCAGGCUCGGCAGCGCCCCGACCGCCGUACGCUGAGCCGUAUGCUGAGCAGUUCAGUACGAACAAUCAUGCUCGCGAGUACUCGGCGCACCAGGAGCCGCCGCCGCCGCCGUGGCGCAACGAGUGGCAAGAUCGUGGACACCAUCAUGCAAGCCAUGCGAAUCAGUUCCAAGGUGACAUGUACCGUCACGACAGAGCGCCUCGACAGCAAGAUGGACAUGCGCAUGGCAGUUACGAGCGCGAUCGCCGUGAACCUGCACCGCGGAACGAGCCCUCGUGGAGCGAGUCCCGAAGUAGAGAUUGGCGGCAACAACAUCCAGAGCAAAGGUACGACAACGAUUCCCGUCGAGAGCGCGCCUUUGAGUCUCGCGCGUACCAUGACAAUCCGGCUCUGUUUGCUGGCGCUGAGCGACAGCAUGAGCGGUUUGAUGAGCGGCAGCAGGAGGAGCGGUCUUUCCCGCCACCGCCUCCACAAGCAGUUCAAUUGCCUCAUGCGUCGCGCCCAAGAAGCCCACCCCGCCCGCAAGGCGACAGCAUGCCCCAAACUGCCAUAUCGUCGCAUUCGCAGGUCGACCCAGAAAGCUCUGCGGAUGCCGUCCAUGGCGUUUCCGAUCAACCCAACACAACAACAACAGCAGCAGCAGCUGUGCCUGCCACUACAGCAAGCACACCAUCGACACUAGCAUCUCCGACUAGCUCGUCUUUACCGAUGCAAGCACCAGAGCCUGUGGCCGCGACCGCAGCUGCCACAGCAGCCUCUUCUCGUUCGACAGCCAUGCCUAAAGUGUUUAUGACGUCCAAUCCAAACCCGAAUGUUGCAAAACGUAAUGCAACACAGGCACCAGCAGCACGCGACUCGCCUGCGCCACCACCUUGGGCGGACGGCGACGACGCCGAGCCUACAGCGCCACCGAAUCCCAGCCACGCCUCUCCGACUGCCCCUCAGCCUCCAUUCAACGCACCGUCCGCUCCGCCCGGCCGCCACCUCCCUGCACCACAACAGUUUCACUCGAAUCGUCGGCCGGUGCAGGCCAGGCGACCGAUCGAUCGCGACCUAGACGAGGCCAAGUUUGCCCACAUUCUCGAUCCAGAGGAGCGCCAAGUGGCCAUCCGCUCACACAAACAACACCUUCGUCGCAUGCAAGAGAUGGAGGGCUCUGCUGCCUCCGAAGUUGAAUUCAAACAUCUGUCGCAGUACCUACCAGCCGAGGUCGAGCGGCGAUUUGCACAGCAAAUGCAGCAACUCCAGGAAGGCAAACGCGUCACGCCGGCAUCGAGUGCGGUCGACGACGCCCAACAACUGUCAUCCGCCAACAAGGGCUACCAGAUGCUGCAGCGUUCUGGUUGGUCUGAGGGUCAAGGGCUGGGAGCUCAGGAGCAUGGGCAAGUCGCUCCAGUUCAAGCAGCCCAACGAACAUCCACCGCUGGUUUGGGUGUGACGGAUCCCACAGAAGUGACAGGCGAGGACGACAUUUACUCGUUGUAUCGCAAGAAGCUCAUGGUGGCGUACCAGCACCGAUCGAAUCCUUUAAACAACCCGAGGCGAAAGUACUAACCAGACCAAGUACAAAUAAUGGAUGUUGUCGCGCAACAAAUGAUACAAGAAGAAAAAAAAACACGACAUUAUUUACAAAUACAAUAACAAAAAUUUCUG